AUUGCAGAUGGUGAAGUAUUACGUGUCCUGGUUAAUAGCACUGCUCAAAUUAAAUGUGAUGUUGGCUCAAGUUUACCGGAUGAUAAAGUACUUUUAGUUGUUUGGUAUAAAAACAAUUUACCCAUUUACAGUUAUGACACUCGUGGUGCCCAUGCGGGGACACCAUCCCAUUGGCGGGACGAAGAGGUAUUAGAAAGUCGUGCCGUCUUUCAUACACAUCGUGAACCAGCGGAACUGGCACUGAGUCCUGUCAAGGAAAAAGAUGCUGGCAAUUUUCGAUGUAGAGUUGAUUUCAAACUUUCACAAACACGAAAUAGCAAUGUCAAUUUGGAGGUUGUGGUACCACCCAAACAACCUUUAAUCUUCAAUGAACGUCGUAUGCGCAUCGAUUCAAGAGCUGGUCCCUAUGAGGAAGGCGGCAGCCUGGAAGUGACCUGUGUCGUACAGGAAGGCAAACCACCGCCAACUGUUACCUGGCUGAUGAAUGGUCAAAUCCAAAAUAGUGUUGUCGAUUAUAGCUAUGACAAUACGAUAAAUAGCAAAUUAGUGGUACGAAAUUUAUCACGAAUCCACCAACAUGCAGUGUACACCUGUCAGGCGAGUAAUUUUCACAAGAAAUAUGUCUCGACCAAUAUCACCAUUGAAUUGUAUUUGCGCCCUCUCUUGGUGGAAAUUUCAUUUAACAAUCAACCCAUGUCAGCAGAUCGUAAAUAUGAAAUUGAAUGCCAGGCCAUUGGUUCACGACCACCCGCCAAAAUAACCUGGUGGAUGGGCAAUAUUGAAUUGCAUGGCCAUAGUCAAAAGGUCUCCGAAGAUGGCAAUGUCAGUACUUCCGUAUUGUCAAUAACACCCACCCGCGAGGAUCAUGGCAAGGCGUUGUCCUGUCGUGCCACCAAUGAGCUGGUACGAAAUGGUAUACGUGAAACGGCCAUGAAACUGAAUGUCUUCUUUGUGCCAACAUUACAAUUGGAUUUAGGCUCAAAUCUUAAUCCCGAAGAUAUUGAAGAAGGCGAUGAUGUCUAUUUUGAGUGUAAAGUCCAUGCAAAUCCAGCAGCAUAUAAAGUUGUAUGGAAACACAAUAAUCAAAUCAUCCAACAUAAUCAACGUGCCGGUGUCAUAGUUAGCAGCGGUGAUUUAGCCUUGCAGGGUGUAACACGUCACCAGGCGGGCAAUUACACCUGUACCGCCUCCAAUGUUGAAGGUGAUGGCGACAGCAAUGUUGUGGAACUUAAAGUGAUGUAUAAACCAAUUUGCCGCGCCGAUCAAAAGAAAAUCUAUGGUGUUGCCCGCAACGAAGCCGCUGAAAUUCUAUGUGAGGUUGAUGCAUUUCCACCGCCAGAAAAUUUCAAGUGGUCAUUUAAUAAUACAGCUGAAACCUUUGAUAUGCCACAAAGUGGUUUUCGAGCACACUCAGCACAAGGAUCCACUUUGACAUAUACUCCAGUUAAGGAAAUGGACUUUGGCACCAUUAUGUGUUGGGCCGAUAACAAUGUGGGCCAACAGAAGGAACCCUGUGUAUUUCAUUUAAUAGCAGCUGGUAAACCUGAAAUGCCAUCCAAUUGUACGGUUGUCAAUCAAACAUCGGAUUCAUUGGAGGUCUAUUGCAUUGAAGGUUUCGAUGGCGGUCUGCGACAAUGGUUCCUUCUCGAAAUAUUCGAUCAACAAACGGCCACACUGCAGGCCAACAUAUCAUCUAAAUAUCCGAUAAUAAGUGUCAACGGUUUGGAUUCGGGACGAUUUUUCAAAAUGUUUAUGUAUGCCGUUAAUGUGCGGGGACGUAGUGAACCCGUCCUUUUAGAGGGUUAUACACUUAAGGCUGCUGAAAAACAAACAG